UGGCGAAAGGCAAAUAGCUCCGACCUGGCACUGUUUUCAUUUGCUCGAGCGUCAACCAAUCCUCCUGUUUUCAUUGGCUGGGGCUGAGGGCAGGGCAAUAUAAAUACCCUCAAAUUACACUGUGCAUUCUUUUCGAGUAAGCACCCCCGUGUACGGAAACUGAAGAUGCCAGUACUCAGAGUCCUUAGUAGGGUUGCCAAGCAGGCCCUCCUUGCUCCUGGCUGUGGAUGCCAGCCACUAGCUGUGGCCGUGCGUAACAUAAGCUUCUCCCCACGCCAGGUCACCUCGGGAUCCGAUGCCAGCUUCCACUCUGUCUCCUUCGCUGAGACAGACCAUCCCAAAGUCCUCAUCACAGGUGGCCUUGGGCAGCUUGGUGUGGGCCUUGCCCAACUGCUGAGGAAGAAAUUUGGAAAAAACAACGUCAUCCUGUCAGACAUCAGAAAACCACCAAGUCACGUCUUCCACAACGGGCCCUUCAUCUAUGCAGACAUCCUGGACUACAAGAACCUGCGGGAGAUCGUCGUGAACAACCGCAUCACCUGGCUGGUGCACUACAGUGCCCUUCUCAGUGCCGUCGGAGAGGCCAACGUCCCGCUGGCGCGCGCAGUUAACAUCACCGGCCUUCACAACAUCCUUGACAUUGCAGCAGAGCAUGGCCUCCGUCUCUUCGUCCCCAGCACCAUCGGGGCCUUUGGCCCCACGUCACCCAGGAACCCGACCCCUGACCUUUGCGUGCAACGCCCCCGCACCAUCUACGGUGUCUCCAAGGUCCACGCCGAGCUGAUGGGAGAGUACUACCACCACCGCUAUGGCCUUGACUUCCGUUGUCUGCGGUACCCUGGAAUCAUCUCGGCAGACUCCCAGCCUGGGGGUGGCACGACAGACUAUGCUGUUCAGAUCUUCCAUGAUGCCAUCAAGACGGGGAAGUUUGAGUGCAACCUGAAGCCGGACACGCGGCUGCCCAUGAUGUACAUCGACGACUGCCUGCGUGCCACCGUGGAGGUCAUGGAGGCCCCAACGGACCUGCUCAGCAUGCGCACAUACAACAUCAACGCCAUGAGCUUCACCCCAGACGAGCUUGCACAGGAGGUGCAGAAACAGCUUCCCGACCUGAACGUCGACUACAACAUCGACCAUGUGCGACAAGCCAUUGCUGACAGUUGGCCGAUGAACUUUGAUGACAACAACGCUCGCAAGGACUGGGGCUGGAAGCACGACUACGACCUGCCGGAGCUUUGCCAGACUAUGCUCAACUUCAUUGGCUCAGAGAGCCGCAUGGCUCAAGCCAACUGAGUCUGUUGCAGAGGGCGUCAUGACGUGUACAUAAUGUAAAAACUGUUAGCUUUAGAGAAGAGAGAACUCGUGGUCUGUAAAUAGUCUGUUUCUCUUCUCUCUCUCUCUCUCUCUCUCUCUCUCUCUCUCUGUCUAUGGCCCUGUUGCGCCUUGGGCGAUUGGAUCACAAGUGGACAGCCGAGACACAUCGCCGUGAACCCUUGUCUGUAAUGGGUCUUCAAAGUGUCCAUUUACCCUGCAAAAGAUGUGGUCAAAUCGGUUUGUGGUCAUUUACACUUGUAUUUAGCACUGCCCACCUGUGAUCCGAACGCCCAGAAUGCAAUGUAAAGCCAAGUGUAAACAGGGUCUAUCUUUCUAUGUUGCUUGGGAAAGCCUUGUCUUGUCUUGCCUUGACUCCCAGAUCCAGUACUGUGAGAAGGUUCCUUUCUUGGUACUCUGGCCCUUACAGUGGGUACAGAAGACCUCCUGCCUCCCCUCAGAGAAGGCUAUAAGUAUGUCAUAACAUCCUGUUGGAGCUCUGAAGAAGAAACAAGCUCGAGGAAGUGUGUGUGCGUCGGGGGGGAGGACACCUCACACACAAUAAGAAUGUACUUAGGUCAUUAAAUAUACAUGUGCAAUUCAGGGAUACAGUGAGCCAAAAACACAUGAAUAUGAUUGUGUCAGAGCUAAAAAUGGAAAUGCCCACCCAGUUGAAGAAAUAUAUUUUUUAAAGGGCUCUCUUUCUUUUUAUUGUUUCCUUUUGAUGAUUUUUGUAAGUGCUAUUCAUAUUUUUGUAUAGAUAAACACAGCUCAGAUUAACGGUGUUGAAUAAACAUAUUUCUGUGAUGAGGUCAAGGGAAAAUGAUGGCGAAAAAGGAACGCACUGGCGAUAAGAAUGUGUGCUCCUCGCCUCACUGGAUACGAGGUUCCAUAGGGACGUUUGUGGACGCUCACUUAUUUCUGAGCAACACUUGUGGUAUUUCCGCGUCUGCCUGUCAUCUGUUAUUCUACAUCUAUUUAUUUCGUCUGCUAAUGUAUGGCCAUUUGCAUAGCUUUGCCUGAAAAUGAAAUGAAUCUCUUCCAUGAUUUGUUUGGGUGACAUUGUCACACACAAUAUUCCCUCAAUAGCUAUUUGAGUCAGGAGCGCAGCUUAAAAUGGCCAAAGCCAUUUUUUUUUUUUUAAGUUAAGUUUUGGUAAAUUGUUGCUAUUUAGAAAGUCUUUUGUCUUGACAAACCUUUUAUCGCAUUAAAGCUUUUUUUCCAAGAA